AAAUUAAAGAUUCACUCUUUUUGGAUGAAAAGGGGCUUAUUUAUGUAAAUCAAUUAUACGCUCUUGGUCAAAUAAAGUCGUUUGAAGAGAUAGCCCAUAAGUAUGGGGUGGCAGACAAUCAGAAACAUUGUUUUUUACAAAUAAGUAACGCAGAUCAUAAACCAAUAACAGGAGAGUUGAGGAGAGUACAUUCACAUCCCCUUGUUGAAUUAAUGAGAGGGCCCCCUGUCCCUAAACCCAUGACAAAAAUGUAUAAAAUGUUGAUGCUAUCAAGGGUAGAUGGGAAAGGGACUUGGGGGGGUUUACAUUCAGAUUCAUGGGGCAGAGCCAUUGUAAACUUGAAAUUUACAUCAUAUAAUAAGGCCCAUGUAAUGGUACAGUCUAAGAUUUUGUAUAGGAUGUAUUAUACUCCAUGGGGAUUGAAGCGUAUGGGCCUCAGACAGGAUGCAAACUGUCCAAAAUGUCAGAUGGAGGAUGCUAACUUUUUGUAUCUUAUAUGGAAUUAUUCCUAUAUUCAUAAAUUUUUGAAUCAUCGAUAUUAUUGAAAAAAGGUAUAACAUUAAGAUCGAACAAGACCCUUAGAGGCUUAUCCUUGGAGAUUUCAGGGAUUCUAUAUAUAAGAAAAGUUUAAUUAGACUAUUUCCUUAUGCGAAGUUGCUGUCUGGGCAUGCUGGGAGUUGUGGUUUUGCAGCGGUUGGGGGUUCACAGCUUGGAGACCACUGCUAUAGAGGGUGCAAAUGUAUCUGAGCCCUGGAACUCAAAUAAUGUGAAAUAUGAGAUGAUCAAAAUGGAGCCCCUGCACUAAUUACUUGGGUUCUGGGGUCUGAAAGGUCCAUAGUAGAAACAUCAGGUUCUGUCCAUAGCAGAUACUAAAUCAUGGCAGCUCAAAGAAGCAAGCAGUCAUUCUUACAUGUCACAUGUGAUGUCAUAGACAGCUGGAGGCAUGACAUCCCACUGACAGCCGCCCGAGCCUUCAGUCUGUUCCAGUGAGAUAGUGAGAUUAGUGAGAUUAGCAUCUUAUUCUUCUACUUGUCUGAAAUGGAGCUAAAAGGUUUGGGGUUCGUCCCCCUCCUGUUGGCGUUUUGGUGUGUGGCCUGGCUUGCCACCUGCUACAUCAUGACGGUCGUCCUCGGCCAUGCAACCUCACCACUGAUGAGCAUCAGUGAUGUGGGAAAUUUCUUUCCCGAAAGCAUAUUAUUCAGAAUUGGAUUCAUAGGGAUGUCCAUUGGCACUUUGGUACUAACCUUUCUUAUUUAUAAGUAUAUGGUUAUGCAUACUGAAGAGUUCAGGGGUCAUCAGGUCCUGAUCCAGAGGAUCCUGCUGGCCAUUGUGUGGGCCUCCUGUUUUGGCACAGCUGUCAUGCAUGUAUUUUCCCCCAAAGAAUAUCCCAGGAUACACUUUGUCAGCUCGAUAAUUUCAAUUACAUGUGAAGCCUUAUACUACCUUGGGCAGUCUAUCCAGAUGUAUAAAUUACCAGGAGCAAAUAAAGUCAUCCACCAUAGUAGAUGCACCUGCUGUGGCCUGACUUUUGUCUGCAUAAUUUUCUAUUUUGGAUAUGAAACAUUAAAGGAAUUAUUCUAUAAUGAUGAAGACUGGGACGAGAUCCGUGAAAUCCCCAUCAUAAUCAUGGAGUGGGUGAUGCUUCUACUGAUCCUGAUAAACAUCGUGACCUAUUAUUCCACCAUGCAGAGGUUAUUGUUGACCGUCUCCAGAAACAGCUGCACACUCUCUCUUAGAGUGAAAAUUGAUGACUUCGGGGUGUAGACCACCAUGUGGGCCAUCAAGUGGACUUCUGGGAGAAAUACUGCACAGGACACGGAAAAACCAUCUAAAGAAGAAUAACUGGGGGACUAUAUAUGGUGCCAGUAAUCAUGGCACAAUAAUAUGAGCUGGUGAUAUUACCUAUACAAAAAAAUAAAAAA